UUAUGUGUAUUUUCAUUGGUCAUUCGUUGUCAAGGACUAAGAAUUUGAGGAAUACUAUUCACUAUCAAUAAUUAUACGUGUUAUGCUUCAGUUAAUUUAUUAGUCAGUUUUCUACUUUAAAUUAACAGUUACUGUACUAGGUCAAUUACCAAAAAUGUCUGAAAGCAAGGAACAAUCAAUCAAUCAGUUAUCAACUGAACCUCCUCCUCUCUUUGAUAAUGUAGAUAUUUUUGAUAAAGACGAGGAUAAUGAUGAUUUGUUUGCCUCUGCCAUGGAUGAUAUUGGAACUCUGAACAACGAGAACAGUCACUCUCCUAAACCUUUAUUGACAGAGCUACCCAAACUACAGUUGAACUUUGACAAAGGAGAGCAGUCCACGCCAACUCCAGUCGAUGAGUUUGAUGAAGAAGUUAAGCUACAGAGUCCUGAACCUCCGAAAGCCACUAAAGCUUCGGCCGAAGAGAUUGAGAAAGAUGGCAACGAUCAGUUUAUCGAAAUCACCAUCGGCGAGCCGAGUCGUGUGGGAGAAGGAAUGGCUUCCUACGUCGCCUACCGAGUUCAUACGCAUACCAACAUUCCAUUGUUCAGAAAGAAAACCUUUGCGGUACAUCGGCGAUUUAGCGACUUCCUCGGACUCCACGACAAACUUGUGGACAAAUAUUUGCGGGCAGGAAGAAUCAUUCCUCCGGCUCCCGAGAAAAGCAUGAUGGGAACGACCAAGGUGAAGAUGUCUGGGCAGAACGAGCAAGGCCCCUCGUCAGAGUUCAUAGAGCGGAGACGUGCUGCGUUGGAGAGAUAUCUGCGGCGAACCGCAGAACAUCCGACCUUCAGAGUAGACCCGGAUUUCAGGGAGUUCCUGGAAGCGGAUAUGGAACUGCCUAAGGCCACAAAUACAUCGGCUUUGAGUGGUGCUGGCGUUAUGAGGCUGUUCAACAAAGUUGGCGAAACUGUCAAUAAAAUAACUUACAAGAUGGACGAGAAUGAUCCGUGGUUUGAAGAGAAGGUGCAGCAAGUAGAAAGUCUAGACGCUCAGUUGCGCAAACUAUUGUUGAGUGUUGAGACGCUAGUGAUGGGCCGCAGAGAUCUGGCUCAACUCACAUCUGCGUUCGCUAAGUCUGCGGCAAUAUUGAGCAACUGUGAGGAACACUCUUCGCUGUCUAGAGUCCUGGCUCAACUGACUGAUGUGGAGGAAAAGGUUGAAGCGGUACAUAACGAUCAGUCCAACACCGACUUUGCGAUUCUCUAUGAGCUGCUCAGAGAUUACGUAGCUCUAAUCGGAUCAGUCAAGGACGUGUUUCAUGAACGUGUAAAGGUUUACCAGAAUUGGCAACAUUCCCAGCUGAUGCUCAACAAAAAGAGGGAACAGAAAGCAAAGCUGGACUUGGCAAAUAAACCAGACAAGGCUACUGUGGCUCAGGAGAUCGUUGAGUGGGAAGCAAAGGUUGAAAGAUGUCAAGAGGAGUUCACAAGCAUUUCCAAAAUGAUCAAAAAAGAGCUGGAAAGAUUCGACGUGUCUCGUGUGAAAGACUUUAAAGCCACCAUAAUCAAGUAUAUGGAGGAGCAAAUGACGCAUCAACAACAGCUGAUCAAGCACUGGGAAGCAUUCCUGCCAGAGGCCAAAGCUAUUGCAUGAACAGUGUGGCACGUAAAUUCUGCGACCAUGUAUUACUGAGUUUUGUAGCACUCGUUAUAUUGUGCUGCAACAAGUUGUUUUGAACGUUGAAGAUACUUCCAAAACAUUUAUUAAUCACACUCAAGAUGUUGUGCAAAAACAAAAAUUUUCCCCAUUCUCGGUGAUUUGUUAAAGAUGUGUAAGUAAUUUUGUAAAUUAACAUGAUCCCAGAAAGGUAGAUAAGUAAUUUUGCUUAUGCAAUGUCUAUAUCAUAAAACAAAAUUGAAGAUAUACCUAAGAUAUACCUGACAUUAAAUGGCUUGCAACCUCUACAAUCAUUUCAUGAUUUACAUGAAAUGCUGAGUCCAAAUAUGUUUAUUUGUGGAACGUCUUGAGAAUUAAGACUGCUCAAAGCAGUUUUUUUGUAUAUAAGAUUUCUAUGAUUUUGUCUUUUAUUUACCCUUAAUAUAACACAAUACUUCUGAUAAGAGAAUAUCGAAACCUUGAUUCUAUGUUGAAUAUUUAAUCAAAAACUAGAACAUAAUUAUUGUUUUUUCAAAGAUUACUUUAUUUUUGUGUCUUGUAAAAUCACAUUACUAAUGUUUGUUGUUUAUUUUAUUUGAGUUUAAGCUAUGUUUAUGCCUUUUGUAAAGUAUGAUAAUUUUUCUGUGCUUAUUAUAUCUUUGAACUUGAUAAUCAACUCGAGUUUUACCAUAAUAUUAUACUGUGAAUUCAAUAAAAGUGCAUUAUAUUUAAUAAUUUGUAUUCCUUACUGUGUUCACAUUUUAAGACACAAUAGUGUCAACAAUAUACUUUAUUUGUACGUUAUUUAAAAUAAAUGUAU